AGUGCUGGGAUUAAAGGCGUGCACCACCACCUUCCGGUUUCAGGCUGCUCUUGAACUAACAGCAGUUCUCCUGGUUCAGCUUCCUAAGUGCACGUGUGACACACCAUUUCAAGAAAAAGAUCCCCAAAGGAAGGUCCAACGGGCGCUCCUCCAAGCCGAGCCUUGGAGGGCAAGGCCGGCACCAUUACCUCCAACGAGUGGAGCUCUCCCGACUCCCCCGAGGGGAGCAACAUCUCUGGGGGCAGCCAGGCACUGGACAAGCCCAUCGACAAUGAUGCAGAGGGCGUUUGGAGCCCAGAUAUUGAGCAAAGCUUCCAGGAGGCACUGGCCAUUUACCCACCCUGUGGCCGUCGCAAAAUCAUCCUGUCGGACGAAGGCAAGAUGUACGACAAGCCAGUGCUCCCAGGCCAGCACGUCUUCCUGGCAGAUGAAGGCUCUUAAUUUGGACUUGGCCAUAGGGAAAGGUCGGAACGAGCUGAUUGCUCGCUACAUCAAGCUUCGCACAGGGAAGACCCGCACCAGGAAGCAGGUCUCCAGCCACAUCCAGGUGCUUGCCCGUCGAAAAGCCCGGGAGAUCCAGGCCAAACUCAAGUUUUGGCAAGGAGCUUUGCCAGGCCAACCCGGAACAUCCCAUGAUGUGAAACCUUUCUCUCAGAACACCUAUACUGUCCAGCCUCCGCUGCCUCUGCCAGGCUUUGAAUCUCCUGCAGGACCCACCCCAUCACCCUCUGCUCCGCCAGCUUCCCCAUGGCAAGGCCGCAGUGUGGCCAGCUCCAAGCUCUGGAUGUUGGAGUUCUCUGCUUUCCUGGAGCGCCAGCAAGAUCCUGACACAUACAGCAAGCACCUGUUUGUGCACAUUAGCCAGUCGAGCCCAAGCUACAGUGACCCCUACCUCGAAGCCGUGGACAUCCACCAGAUCUACGACAAAUUCCCAGAGAGGAAGGGUGGCCUCAAGGAGCUAUUUGAACGGGGGCCUUCUAAUGCCUUCUUCCUUGUGAAGUUCUGGGCAGACCUCAAUACCAACAUUGACGAUGAAAGCAACGCCUUCUAUGGGGUCUCCAGCCAGUACGAGAGCCUGGAGAACAUGAUCAUUACCUGUUCUACCAAGGUCUGCUCCUUUGGCAAGCAAGUGGUGGAGAAAGUUGAGACAGAGUAUGCGCGCUAUGAGAACGGUCGCUACCUGUACCGUAUCCACCGGUCCCCGCUCUGUGAGUACAUGGUCAACUUCAUCCACAAGCUGAAGCACUUACCGGAGAAAUACAUGAUGAACAGUGUGCUGGAGAACUUCACCAUCCUGCAGGUGGUCACCAAUCGAGACACACAGGAGACCUUGCUGUGCAUUGCCUACGUCUUCGAAGUGUCAGCCAGCGAACAUGGGGCUCAGCACCACAUCUACCGGCUUGUGAAAGAAUGAGAGACUUGGAGAACGAUGGUGGGGGGACAGAUCCAGGAAAUGGGGACCUGGGAGGGAACCUUCAGGGCCAGCCCCCCAGAAGUGCCAAGAGAGCCGAGCAGAGAAGCAAACUGCCUGAUCUUGCAGUGCCCAACCCCCCAAUAAACCCAAGGUGCCGAGUAUUUUCAGAGGAGCUGGUCUGGCUGUAUGAGCCCAGGAGGGCAGGGGAGAAGGGGGCACCAGGAGGUACCAGGAAGCAAGCUGGAAGCAAGCCCAGAGAUGCUCUCAGAUGGUCCAGGAGCCAGAACCCCAGUGGACUCAGCCAGCUGUUUAUCUCCAGACGCUAAAGCUCAAGACCCAGUGGUCCCUUCUCAGCUGCUGGAACCCUACACUCUGCUGCUGGUCACACUAGUGGCCUGAGGACAGAUGGCAUGCAGGUCACACACCCAGAGAUGCUGUGCGUGACCCGUGUACACUGUCAGCCCUGCCGUGAUGAUGGCUACCGCAGAAGGCCCCACCCCUGCAAACAGGGCUAGAUUUAGGUGUGGCUUCAACAAAGUUGUUGGCUGGAGACUGAGUUACUCAGGUGGCCCUGCAGUGGCCCUGCAGGGGGCUAUGACUCCAGAUUGAGGCAAGGCUUCGAAGUAGGGAGUCCUGAUUCAAGUCCUUGGCUUCUCUGUUCGUCCACUUUUCUCUCCGCUCAGCACUGGUGAGGAGAGGAUGUCUAUGAAGUGCCUAGGCCAUGCCGGGUGGUGGUGGCGCACACCUCUAAUCCCAGCACUUGGGAGGCAGAGGCAGGCGAAUCUCUGUGAGGUCAAGGACAGCCAGGGCUACACAGAGAAACCUUGUCUCAAAAAACAAAACAAUAGUGACUGGGUACCAUGCCAGUUCAAUGAUCUCUCCCUCAGCCCCAGCCCCUUGCUUCCCUCCCUCUGGAGGGCCUGGGUCUGGCUCUCUGCUGCUUUCUCAAGGCUUCCCCAGUUGGAGCCAGUUUCUAGUAACCUGGAGCCUCAGGAAGAAAGAUCCAACCUGGGCAUGUUUGUGUGUGUGCCCAGAACUCAGGGAUGUAUCUGUGGGGGUGCAGAAAUGGGCAGGGUAGCAUUGAGGGGAUGUUACAGAGGUGAGGGACGAAGGGCUCUGGAAAUCAGUCUAGCCUGACUUUGAUGUGCAACCUCUGGGGUGUUAACGUUAUGGUGCCUCAGUUUCCCAUCUGCAAAAUGGGUAUAGCAUCCACCUACCUCGUGUCUAUACAGUGCCUCAUGUAGCAAUGAGCACAUCCACAUGUUCAAUAAAUAUGCAUCGGUACUCACCGUGGGAGCUUCAGUUCCCGCUGAGGAGCCCAGAUUGAAGCCCACUGUGGUGGGGUGAUCCUACAGCAGCUGGCCUUCAGAUAGGAGCGAUCCAGGGGUCUCAGGGAAGAGGUAGCCCUCCAAGGGACAAGUUCUGAGAGGAGGAUGGCUAAUGUUUAGUGAUGUUAUUUGUGUGGAGUUUUGGUGCUGGGGCCGACCCCAGGGCUUGGCACAGGCCGAGUGACCAGGCCAGAAGUGUGCAAAUAAGCUCAUGGGAGGAGUCUGGCUGCAUCUCAGCUGAGGAAGACAGACAAGCCAUCCAGUCUUUCUGUAGGUCCCAAGUGCCCUCUCCUCAACCCAAAGCAAUUUAGCGCACACCUCCCCCACCGGGCUAGGCUGGUGGCUGGACCCAGACCUGCUUCCUACUGCACUGUGUAGAGGUCCUGCUGUCAAAGAGGGUCAAGGCCCUCUCCCCCUGUGAUUGCUGCCUGGCAGCAGUGUUCUUGGGAAGCCCCAGCCUCAGCCAUUUCAGACUUUUAUGUGGGCAGCCUCUUGAGACAGGAAGGACACAACCUUUUCCUGUAGGAAGCAGGUCAGUCCAGAUGUUGGGUCACAGUGUGGAUUCUUAGUUUCUCCUGUGUGAACUGACCUCAGUGACCUAAGGGAGAGCCACCAUAGAAGAUGGCAGUCUUAGUUGCUACUCCGUUCAAGUCAAUAUGGCACCCCCGCUCCCCCCUUUCCCAGCAGUCUCACUGAUGGUACUGUGCUGGCGCCAUUUUUUCUUUUUUUAGAUGAGCUCGCCCUCUCUGGCCUAGGCUAAUAUUUCCAGUGAUCCUCCUGCCUCAGCUUCCUGAGGAGCUGGGUCUAUGGGUGCUUACCACUGUAUCCAGCAGUCCUAUUUUAAAGAUUAAGAAAGUGAGGCCCCGAGAGCUUGAGGAAGUUGCUUGGGUUGUUGGUGUAUUUUUUUCAUUUGCCGAAAGUGAGGCCCCGAGAGCUUGAGGAAGUUGCUUGGGUUGUUGGUGUAUUUUUUUCAUUUGCCGUGUGAGUAGUUGUUUGAUUUCGGAGAUGUGUCAGGCUCUGGGAAUGUGUCCAUGAGCAAAGCAGCCAGGGCGGCUACUUUGGACUAAGGAAGGGGUGACUGGAGGCUUAAAGUUGAGGAGACUUGCAGGCGGUGGGAAAUGCUGUGGAGGGGGAGGGCACCAAGGUUAGCUUCAUAGGGAGGCUGCCAAGGCCCACAAUCUGCACUGACUCUUGAACCACAGACAAGUGGAUCCGAAGGAACAUUCCAAGAGAGAAUUGAGAGUCCUGGAGGCGGGGAGGGGAUGGGCGUGCCCCAGGGCUAUGCCGAGUGACAGAAGGUAGGCAUACCCCCACCCAGCCAGCAUGCCAGGUAGGAAGGCGGGUGGUUCAGUCUUUUGUGUCCCCUACACUCCCUGUGUGGAUGCCGACUUUGGAGUUCUCUUAGGGUGGUAGCAAGGCCUGGAGCUGUGAAGCAAGGGAGUGCGUUCCUUUGAUAGUAUUUCAGAGAGGGCCACCCAUGUCACGACCCCGGGAGUGAAAGCCCUCCUGGUGUUACCUAGUUAGCAGGAAAUGUCAGAAGUGGCAGUAGGGACAGGUGAAAGGUUUUCUGCCUCACAGGGUCUGAUAACUAACAGAGUGGAUUGUCCCAACAAGGUGUCACAGGAAUGGAAAGAAUGUGUCCUGACCAGAAAAACAAGCAAAAGCACAAACAAAACAAAACCAAUAGCUAAAAAUAAAUAAAACAUUAAAAACCCACCACCCCACACACAUAAAAGGAACUAGUGUGUACAAGUGGUGUCCUAGACCGCCCGCCAAAGGGGCCCCGAGGUGUGGUCUUACAUCUCUGGUCUGUGCUGCACCCAGGCUGGGGGUUGAGUGCAGAAGGCCUGAGGGUAGGCUGUGCCAGGAGGGAGCUUCCUGAGACCCGGGCCACCCAGGCACAGAAGCGACAACAACACAGAAGAGUGUGAGCUUCCCUCAGGGGUUCUAUCCAGUGGCUACCAGCACGUGACCCCUGCUGAAAACCUGCUUUCUUUCUUAGAGCUGUGGUACAGGGGGCAGUGGCACCUUGGAUAACUUUUCUUAGAGAUCAUAAAGAAAAUGACCUUUUCCUCAAAGACUUGACUCUGUCUAGGAUGUAGCUAACUACUGUGUCCAGCCAGGUGCUGGGGUCACACUUUAUCUUUCCUCCCCCAACACUCACUCAGGAGGAGAGUAAGGCCAGCAGGAGCUAUACAGUGAAACCUGAUCUCUGAAAUAAAAAUUCUUUAAAAAGUUCUUGGACCUCUGCUUUUGUAUAUAUAUAUUUGUGAGUAAGGGCACAGAUGGGCAUGGCCCUUCCUAGCGAGCCAGAGCCUAGGCAGUGGAAAUGAUGGUUUUUUUUGUUUUUUUUUUUUUUUUUUUUUUACACUCACAGAUGUCUGAUAUUCAAUUUUAAGGCUUUUGUAUUUUUUUUUCUAUGUAAACCCCCUUCAUCUCUUCAGAUCUUCAGUAAAGUCUGCUACAAACACA